AUGCGGCGUGGGUCCUUGUAUCUGGAGGCAGCUCCGCCACUGGCACCAGGGCCAUUCAACUUCUCAAGCUGGCUGGCGGACGGUAUUGCGCGCCCGACCGUCCGCGCUUCGUGGCUGAUGGUCCUGACCAUGUUCGGCGGUUGCGUCGCGUUGGAUGGUGAGUACGCGUGCGAAGCAUCAGCUGCAGAUCGGGCCCUGAGUGCGACGAUCUUUGCGGCUACGCAAACAUGGCUUGACAACGGUCGCAUCAAAUCUCACCCAAUCAGAGUCCUAGACGACAGCUGCGCCGGUGUCAUCCAGGGUGUGGACAUAAUUCGUACUGGGGCGAUCUCAGGACAGAAGUUGGUUGUCCGCGUCGACUGA